GGCGCCGGCGUAUUGACGCCGAAUUUCUUGCAUUGCUCGCUAUCUCGCAUAGUUACCGAUUCUUCCCUUGAUUUCUUUCGUGUUUCAAUCAGCCCUCUACAAAAACUUCGCUAAUCAUUUGGAUGUCUAAAACACCCAUCACCAACGUAGAUCUGCAAAGGUUCUCGUACUUCGCGGCGGUUUUUUUGUGUGCGGCAUUUUGAACCGGCCGCUUCGUGCCGCAGCAUUUUAUUUCUGCUCAAAUGUGCUAGCCUUUGGGACAAAAAUCAUGGGCUCCGGGAGCAGAGAAGUUGAAGAUUUGUGCCGUGUUUGUGCGAAAGACAAAUCCAACAUUCAGUUGUUCAGUGAGAGCGGCAUGAAACACAAGCUUAUCAACAAGAUCAAAAAAUAUUUAUCAAUCGUGGUUUUGGCAAACGAUAAACUGCCCUUAGGCAUUUGUUAUGGAUGUGCAAAAAAACUAGAUAGCAUCCACCGUUUUGUAAGAAAUGCCCAGGAAGCUCAAAAUAAUCUCAAGGAUCUCAUGAAAUACGAGAAGUAUCAUGCUCAACCAGACACCUCAGGAAGUUUGCUUCACUCCAUCUUGACAAGAGGAAAUACUCCGGAAGAAAGGAAUGGAAUGAAAUCGGAAAACAUGGAUGAGGAAGAGGAGGAAGAAGAGGAAGAGCAGCUAGAAGAGGAAGAGCAGCUAGAAGUAACAAAAAUGGAAGUAGACAUAGAUCCGAUGCUAUUUCUUGUUCCGGAUGAAGACUCCCAAUCUGAUGAUAAAGCAGAUCUAAAAGAAACUUCAUCUCAUUUAAACAAUAAUGUGAACGAGAUGUAUGAGAAACAGGAGCGCGUCAAGCCAUAUCGAUGUUCAAUAUGCCCUCGAGGUUUCAAUACAGAGAUUGGUUUGCAGAAUCAUUUGUGGAGCCAUUUACCAACAGCCAACAGAGUCCUCACCAAAACAAAAUUUCAAAGUUUGAAAGACAAAGGCUGUGUUUACUCAUCAAAUGGAGUUUUGCGCACAGCCUCAGUGGCAGAACCGGUAAUAAACAAUAGUGGACCAUUAACUUGUCCUGUUUGUGGGAAGCUGAUCUCUACUAAAGGUAACCUGAAGGUUCAUCUAGAAACACAUCGGCCCAAAGGGAGAUAUGACUGUGAUAUUUGUGGUAGAAUUUUUAAAACACCAUCAAAUCUCAGUCGACACAAGGAAUACCAUGAAUAUGUGCAGUUUCCUUGCAAAGUCUGUGGUCGUGUUUAUCCAACAAACAGUACUUUAAGGGCACAUAGUAUCACGCAUAGUAAUCUAAGGCCGCAUAAAUGUCCUCUUUGUGAUAAAACAUUCAAACGAAAUCAGGAUUUGAAAUUUCACAUCAACCAACACACUGGAGCGCGCCCUUAUCAGUGCCCAUACUGUCCCAAGGCCUUCGCCAGCUCCGGAAACUGUUUUUCGCACCGCAAGCGAAUGCAUUCCGAGGAAGUUGAAAGGGAUCGUGAGUUAGCUGGAGGUGAAUCUGAGUGAAGUACAUAGUUGCUCACCAUUUUGUGCUUUUGCAUUGUCUCAUUAUGAUAUUUAAACGUACCAUGAUUUACAGAAACUCUUUGGCUGUAUUUACACCAUUUUCUUCGUUGAAGAGCUGAAUCUUUUGUUAUACUUUCGAACCUUCUCUCAAUCGUCAAUGGUGAAGAGUUGUUUGCCAUUUUAAUGAUCUAGACUGUACUGUGCAAACAUACCAAGUCCAAAGUAGCAAAAGUAAACCAGUUCUUAGGAAUGUCCAUGACUUUAUCAUUGUUUGUUAUCACUUUAUACUUUUCUGACCAUAAGGUUCCUCAAGCUAUUUUUUUAUGUCAUUUCAAGUCUUAUUUCGUCUACUCAACAAUUUAAUUUUUCUAUUAGUAUUAUAUUCUGUAUUAAAAUGAGCUUUCCAUAAUAUGACUGAUAGCGAUAUUUCCGUCAAGUCAAGGGAAGGAUCGAAGAUAUUGUUUUAUCAAGGUACCUGUAUGACCGGAAAAAUAGGGAAAAGCAAGUGAAAGAAUUUGACCCAAAACUCAGGGAUUUCUGCAAGAAACUGAAAUUUUUACCCUCAGUCUAAUUUUUCCCAAUCACAUACAUUCUUACAACUGGAAUGACUAUUUCAGAAAAAUACAACUUUAAAAAUAAGAAAUCUGAGAGCUUAGAGAUUAAUUUUGAAGGUGUAAACCAUCAAAAAUUGCCACUUUUUUAUUCAGGUGAGUAGAUUUAUCGAUCAAGAAAAUCUGGUAAUUUCUUUCAUCUCAGUCUGAAAAACCCAGAAACGUCUUGAAAUUUUUCUCUUGGAAGCCUGUAAGUACCCUGACUUAAAAUAACUUGGUAAAAUAUCAACUCCUCCGGCAUUAGUCUAGUAAUGGUCAUGAUAGAGUAACCUCAAUCUCUCUUAAUGGUAUUAUUGUACUGAGUAGUAAUAAAAUGUUUUUAAGAAAAAAACUGGUGUCAAAAUAGUCAAAAUUGUAUAGAUUCUAAGUCAAGAUUCUACUUAUUAUUUUAAUGUUAGGAAUGAUCUCCAUGAUUUACAAUUUAAUUGUAUCUCAGUCACCAGUAUGUUAUGAAGUAAUUGUAAUAUUCCUGAAAACUAGUCAAGUUUUAUCUUUCAACAGCUAUGUCAUAUUUUCGUUUUUAUUAAAAUAAAUUUUUGACGGAUCACUACUUUGUUGAUGCAAUGUUUUUUCGUCAUGAAAGUAAUUUCUUCACUAAAUAGUUUCAUUAGUGGAAGUUAAUUGUUUUUUUUUUCUUGAAUAUAUAUAUACCUUUAUAUAUUCUGACUCAAUUAUUGUUCUCAGUUUGUUUUCUCUCUCUCACUUGCUCUAUCUUUCAAACGCUCAAUAUUUUUGUCUAUAUCAGGCGCUUGAAGAGAACUGCUAGUCCUUGCCGUCUUCGUUCUUCAACAAGAAAAGAAAAGAAAAAUCAAAAACAAAUAUCCUAGAUUCCCAUACAUAGUUUAAAGUUUUUAUUUUUCAGAAAAAUGUUAUACUUGCGUGUAUAUUGUGUGACCUAUUCUAAGAAGCAGUAACUAUUAUUUUAUUUGCUUUUUUGUCUGCUUAAUAGAAAGUGUAAAGUUUUAUUUUGUGGUUAUCCCCUGUUUGUUUUGUCGUUUCAUUGUGAUUGCUCCGCCACUUUGAUGCUUCACGAUCAAAGAGAUCCAUAAUUUCUAAACCAUUUAUGUACGUGUCUGUAUAUCUAGUAUGUAUUUUUAUAUCCACAAGCUUAUCCAUAGAUAAGAACACAUACGUGUAGUGCUUUAUUUUUUUAAAUGUUGAAGGGUAACAUAUGAUAUAGGGUGUUCACUCUAUUUUACAAUUUUUUCUAAAUUUAAUUGGAGCUGAGAGUUAGUUUCGAGCAUGAAACAAUGGGGACCCAUACUGCUGAAGCUCAAUAUUUGUCUAAUUUUCAUGGAACUUGUUUAAUCACCAAUUUCUCAAAGACACCUACUGAUGAAAUAUCUCUUAAUCCGGUUCUAAUCAUGAUUUAUCAGGCUAAAAAUCAAAAGUAGGUAACUUCUCCAAUUUUUGCAGAGAGUUUUUUUUUAACCGCAUUAAAUGACCUGAUGACCCAUCUCUAACUAUAGGUUGUGAACAUAAGAUGGUGCGUAAGUCACAAAUGAAUGUGGUGACACUAGAAAAAAAACUUACCUACCUGACAGUUCUGCAAAUUUAUUUUCACAUCUUCUCAUGAUACAAGAAUGCAUAUUGUUCUCAGUUUGUUUAGUUCAGCAUCAUCUUCGUUUGACUCUCUAAAUAUAUUCUCCAAGAAUUUCCAAGGGAAGUAUAUGUAAAUUUCCAUCUGUUACAAAUGGAGUAGAAGCUGAAGUUCUAAAGCAUCACCAUGGAGAUUAAUGUUUACGUAGUUUCAACACCAAGAUGUUGUUUUAAGAAUACUGACUUCAACAGAGAGUGAAUCAAGUUAAAGUUAAGAGUGGAAACUAUUGUAAUACUUAGUGAAGGGAAAAGGAAUUUUUAAAAUUUAUAGAAAGCAUCGGAGAUACAGGCAAGGAUCUAAAAAAAUCUCCUAUCAAUAGGAGCUCAAAAUUGUAAUAUUAUUUUACUCCGUAGAUUUUUUCCCCUAAAAGGAUUUAAUUCUGGAGUUUGAACUGUCAUCUUCUAAAAUUCGAUGCAGGAUUCCUAUGAUUGUCCAUAUAUAAUUCACCUGUAAUAGAAAAUUCCAUUAUAUCCCAGGCUGUUACUUUUAGGCACCUUUGAAAUACCUAUAACUUGUAAUGUUGAGACUGAACUUUGUAGGUGGUUUGUAAAACCUUAAUAACAAAAUAAAACUUCCUUUUACAGUACCUAA